GACGUUUGACAUGACGUUGGCUUCUGGGUCACGUGGUGCGGGUAGGACGGCCAUCUUUUUAAAACACAAACAACAUAAACACGCAGCGACUGUCGGAGGGGGAGAAACAGUUUAUUAAAGAAAACAGAUCAGACAUUUUCAUAAACGCAUUAAACAUCGGGGUUCACCGGAGAACGACAUUAAAAGAGAGAAGACAAAUGCAUAAACAGUGAGGACUAUACACAAAAAUACAGCUGAGAAAUUUACGUUGGCUUGCUGUCUGUGGAGAGAAGGAGCUUAGAGGAAAGAAAAGAAUUAAAAUCAAUAAAAGUAAGCCAAGAGGCUACCUGGAAAUACCUGAAACCACAUUCUUUUGGAGACAGAGAGACAGAGAGAGGGAGAAGAGCGAAGAGGGAGAAGAACGAAGAGGGAGAAGGAGGGAGUGAGAGUUGCCUCCUGUCAGCUGUUUCUUCAGCUGUUUUUUUUUUUUGGACUUGAUUUUUGAUAUUGUUAUUUAUGUUAUAUCGUGGCUAGUUUCAUUGUUGCUGUUCCUGGUGUUAUAUAGUUUUUCAUCUUUAUUUUUCUUUUUUCGACAUACGGUGUUGCUUUUUUGUGUCAUUUCUUUUUUUGUUCAGUUAUUUUUAUUUUUUAUUAUUAUUUUUUUGGGCUGUGAGAGGAGUCUCGUCUCCCGUUCCUCCUGUUCUCCCCCACCCCUGAUUCAGGCAGCUAUUCUCUUUCUGUUGGGGCGUCCCCAGAAACUGCACCACUCAGCCUUCUCACCCAAGCCUAACCCAGUCUAGCCCGGUCCAGCACAGCCCAGCCUGGUCCACUCUUCUGGACGGGAUACUCAGCUCCUCUGUGGACUCGAGGAAUAUGACUGCUGAGACACUUAACUUCGGCCCAGAAUGGCUCCGUGCACUAUCCAGUGGGGGGAGUGUGACCUCCCCACCCCCUUCCCCUGCCAUGCCAAAGUACAAGCUGGCCGAGUACCGCUACGGCAGAGAGGAGAUGUUAGCACUUUAUAUCAAAGACAACAAGGUCCCAGAGGACAUGCAGGAUAAGGAGUUUGCUGCUAUUCUGCAGGAUGAGCCCCUGCAGCCGCUGGCCCUGGUGCCUCUAACUGAGGAGGAGCAGAGGAACUUCUCCAUGUCUGUGAAUAGUGUGGCUGUGCUGAGGCUGAUGGGAAAAGGGGGCGGGGCCAUCCCCGCAGGCGUGGCCAGGGGCCGAGGCAGCACAAGAGGCGGCAGGGGCCGGGGGAGAGGGGACAGCGGAUUCUACCAAAGAAGUAUUGAGGAUGGGGAGGGGGGCUUCGGCCGCAGCGGCAGAGAGAUCCAUCGCAGCCAAAGCUGGGACGACAGAGGUGAGCGGAGGUUCGAGAAGCCCCUGCGGCGGGACGGGGUGCGUGUGGGGUUCGAGGAGGCGGGGCCCGCGGCGCGGAAGGACUACACGCGCUCGGACAGCGAGAACUGGCGCACUCUGCGAGAGGAGCACGAGGAGGAGGACGGGGGCGAGCCGGGGGGCAGCUGGAGGCUGGCGGGCGCGCGCAGAGACGACGGAGGUCCCCGCUCGGCAGGCUGGCGUGAGCACGGCGGCUCGGGGGAGGGACGGAGGCGGAAGUUUGAGUUUGAUUUCCGGGAGCACCCCGAGGGGGGCCGCAGGCGGGCGGGGAGCGAGGGGCAGGAGGACGACCGGGACGGGCUGCCGGAGUGGUGCACCGACGAGGAGGACGGGGAAAUGGGCACCUUCGACUCGUCCGGGGCCUUCCUCCCCAUCAAGAAGGGCUCCAAGGACCCCAUUCCAGAGGAGCAAGAGCUGGAGUUCCAGGGCCUGGAGGAGGAGGAGGAGGAGAACAGCCAAGACCGAGAGAGGAAGGACAGCAGCGAGGGCAGAGCAGAAGCAAAGGAAGCCGGUGUGGCGGGUGAGAGGGAGGUGAAAUCUGCCCCUGCCCCCUCCCCCCCAGCGCCGGCGGCCCCUCCCGCCAUGGUGAGCGAGCCCCAGCCCGCUCCCUGCGAAGCGGAGCCCCCCCAGGCCCCGAGUGCGCACCCCACCAAGGCCAGCAAGGUGUCCAGUGAAGAGAUUGCACCAGCAGGGGGCAUCACUCAGCUAAGCCCCGUCACCACCUCCAGCCUGUCUUCAUCCCCUCCCUCCUCAUCUGCUGCUAUUGACCUCCCACCACCGGGGGGCGACACUGAGGAUGAAGAGGGCAUGAAGCACCUGCAACAGGAGGCAGAGAAGAUGGUGGCGUCUCUGCAGGACACGUCCCUGGAGGAGGAGUGUUUCACUCAGACGCUGCAGGAGAGCCGCAACACGGCCGCCGCCCUGCCCCUCUCCCACGAAGCCGCCAUGAAGUGGUUCUACAAGGACCCGCAGGGAGAGAUACAGGGGCCCUUCACCACCCUGGAGAUGUCGGAGUGGUUCCAGGCGGGGUACUUCAGCAUGACCCUGCUGGUGAAGCGGGGGUGUGACGAGGGCUUUCAGCCCUUGGGGGACGUCAUCAAGAUGUGGGGUCGCGUGCCUUUUGCCCCGGGUCCGUCCCCACCCCCCCUGCUGGUGAGCCAACCGCCACGCCCUCUGCCGAGCCGAGCUUCCGCAGGGAACAUGGACCAGGAGAGGCUGAAGAAGCAGCAGGAGCUGGCGGCUGCAGCAGCUCUCUACCAGCAGCUCCAGCAGCAGCAGCUCUUCCAGCUCAUCAACAGGUGUGGAGAGCAGAGUAUGAUGCCUUCGAUGAACAGGUCGAUGUCGGUGCCAGAUACAGGGUCCAUGUGGGACAUGCAUACCUCAGCUUCACAGCAGACAGGCGGUGAAGCCUCUUUAUGGGACUUAACAAUGAAUUCUUCAACUCAGGGUCCAACUCUCGAACAGCUUCAGAAGCUCCAGCAGGAGAGGAGAGACGUGGAACUCAGGGCGAAGCGUGAGGAAGAGGAGAGGAAGCGCAGGGAGGAGAAGAGGAGGCAGCAGGAGGAGCAGAAGAGACGAGAGGAAGAGGAGCUGUUCCGGCGCAAACAGUGCCGGCAGCAGCAGGAGCUGAUCAUGAAGCUGCUCCAGCAGAGCCAGCAGCAGGCGGCCCAGCCCAGCCCCGGGUGGAGCGGGGGGCCCAAGCCGGGCAAGGCCCUCAGCCUGCUGGAGCUGCAGCAGGAGGCCGAGAGACAGCUGCACAAGCAGCAGCAGCAGAGAGUGCAGCAGCAGCAGAGAGACAGGCACGGAGGCCUGUCCAUGGGAAACGCGGGCGUGUCGCCCCUGGGGAGUCAGUGGGGCGAGGGCGCCGGGGGGCUGUGGGGGGGUGCGGGCAUGGAGGGCAAGCCUGGGGGCGGCAGCACGGGCAUAGGCAUGUGGGACGAAGCGGUGAAGAACCAGGCUGGCCUCCGAAACAUGGGCCUGAAGAACAGCCGCAGCAGCCCUUCCCUCAGUGAGCAGUUCAUGAUGAACAGGCGCAAGCGCACUGAGGAAGAGGAGAAGUUGCUGAAGCUGCUGCAGGGCAUGAAGCCUCAGGAUGGGUUCACCACCUGGUGCGAGCAGAUGCUGCAUGCGCUCAACACCUCCGCCAACAACUCCUCCUCCUCCCUCCACGUGGCCACCAUCGUGGCGUACCUGAAGGAGGUGGAGUCCCCCUAUGAGGUCCUUGACUUCAUCCGCUCCUACCUGGGGGACACCGUGGAAGCCAAAGAGUUCGCCAAACAGUUCCUGGAGCGUCGUGCCAAACAGAAAGCCAACCACCAGAGGCAGCAGCAGCAGCUAUCAAAAGAAGUAGCCGGGUUGACCAUGAACUUCCCUCUACAGGACUCCAUGCGGGGGGUGAAUCCAAACACCCUGCAGUCAGUGUUCCAGGCAGCCCACGCCGGGAAGGGGGGGGUCUACGACCCCCAGGGGGGGAAGAUGAAGAAGAAACCCCCCAUGAUGCUGCACUCUGACCCCAGCAUCCUAGGAUACUCAUUCCACAGCGCUGGAGACAGACUGAGCCUGAGUGAGAUGGAGGUGGUGGAGGAUUACUGAUCCACAGCAAUAGCUACCUGAGGCCUUGGUCUAAUAAUCAGACCUUCUGAUGACGAAUGUGCACUGCUAGGGGCGGGGCUGGGGGCGGGGAGAGGGCGGGGCAGGAGA